AUGACGGAGAGUGCAUACCUCAAGAGCAGCGUGGGGCCGGUGCUUGCAAAGGCGGUGGCCGAGACCGUCCUCGCGCAGCCCAGCAACCCACAGGAGUACCUUGCGCUGUAUCUUCUGCAUGUGCUGCAGGAGGAGGAACGCCGCGGUGCCGCCGCCGAACGCAAGAAAAAGGCAGAAGUACAACGACAAAUGUGGGCAAGCGAACGAGCACUGCGUGAAAAGCGUGCUGCUGACACCAUUCAGCGAUUCUAUCGUCAGUGCAGGAGUAAAUUGCGGUUGCGGCGAGAGGAAGAGGAAGCGCUAUGGUCCAAAUAUGAAGAGGCCGAGGGUGAGGCGGAGGAACUCCUAGAUGAAGAAGAGACAGCCGCCGCUGCCGGUAAAUCGACGGAUGAGGUAGACAAAAUGGAUGGCAAAGAUGGCGCCGCCGCGGCUGGAGGAGUCGAGGGCAAUAAUGAGGAGGAGAUGAUUGAAGACGCCGCAAGCGCCGUGGAAGAAGCACGUCGAGACUUCUACAAGGCACAGCGCUUUAUGUUACACAUACGCAAGGCGCUGAUUGGUGCGUUGAAGAAGGAGCUUACGGAUCAGCGGGAGCAGAUACGGGUGGGACAGGACCGCAUGUAUGAUGUUCUUGACCUGGCUGAAGUCGAGCGACGGGAGAAGGAAGAGGCGGAGUUCGUUGCCGCCGUUACUGCAGGAGCCAUUCCAAGUUCGGCUGCGAUUACUGAGCUUGUAAAGAAAAGUGAGAUACCUCGUCAUGAACGUAUUUCUACCUCUAUGAUUUUGUACCGUGUCCUGCGAUGUUGGUGCUAUCUUUUUUUUGACAGCACCCCUAAACAGACGGAUACACCAGCAAAGGUCGCAGCGCUUGUGAAGCCCUUCACAUUUAUGCAACUUCUCCGGGCUUUUAACCCCGUCGCAUCGUAUCAGCGUAAUCGGCCGCUGCGGAUAGGUCUUGAGGGUAAGCAUGAGGAGGGGGAAGGCGAUGCGGAUGACAUGUUGCAGGAUGGUGGUGAGGAACCACUGCCGCAACCAAAACCGCGUCAGGCACGUCGUGUGAGCCGUGUGCUGCGUGUGCUGAUGCAUGAUGCUGAGUAUGUGUGUGCGGUAAAUCCUGCCGACUAUCUGGAUGAAGAAGAAGAAGAAGAGGGUGUUGCAAAGAACUCGACGGCAUCAGAACGCGGAGCGGCAUUGGCCACCCUUGUGGAGACCGCAGCGAAGAAGCACAGCGUCAUGCUUUACGCCCUGCUAAGAAUGCUACGCACCGCCAGUGCUUACCGGGACGCGCGUGAUCGCUGGGUUUCGCUGCUGCAGCAGAACGGCCAGGACGCACCUCCCAAUGAGGAGAUGCCAGAAGAUGAUGACGCGGAUUCAAAGAACGAAGAAGGACUGCGGGAUGAUGACGGUGAGGUGGACGAGGCUGCCGUCCGGCGUCUGUUGCUCGUAAUUGGCACGGACACAGACGAGGCACUUGCAAAAUUGUGGGCCGACCAAGACGAAAUGCAGCGCAAGAAGUGGCAGGCAAUGGCUGCAGCGAGACGCGGCGAAGAGGAAGAAGAAGUUGCCACGAACGACGAGGGUGACGAUGACGCAGGGGAUGAUUAG